GACCGAUGAAGCAAAAGCGAAAAUUGCGACUUUACAUCUCAAACACGUUUAACCCCGCGAAGACGGACGCUGAAGAUUCAGAUGGGAGCAUUGCAUCCUGGGAACUACGGGUGGAAGGAAAACUACUGGAUGAUCCCAGUAAGAUGAAGCGGAAAUUCUCCUCCUUUUUUAAGAGUCUGGUGAUUGAGUUGGACAAGGACCUGUACGGACCGGACAAUCACCUGGUGGAGUGGCACCGGACACCCAGCACCCAGGAGACAGACGGCUUCCAGGUGAAGCGACCAGGAGAUGUCAGUGUGCGCUGCACCCUGCUGCUGAUGCUGGACUACCAGCCCCCCCAGUUUAAGUUGGACCCCCGCCUUGCUCGGCUCCUGGGGAUUCACACGCAGACCCGGGCCGUCAUCAUCCAGGCGCUCUGGCAGUAUAUAAAGACCAACAAGCUCCAGGACUGUCAUGACAAGGAGUAUAUCAGUGGAGACAAGUACUUCCAGCAGGUGGGGCCCCCAGUGUCCGGUAAGAUAUUUGAUUGUCCCCGACUAAAAUUCUCAGAGAUCCCUCAGAGACUGACUAACCUGCUGCUGCCGCCGGACCCCAUCGUCAUCAACCACAUCAUCAGUGUGGACCCCACUGACCAAAAGAAGACGGCCUGCUACGACAUCGAUGUAGAGGUGGAAGAUCCCCUGAAGGGGCAGAUGAGCAGCUUCCUCCUCUCCACGGCCAAUCAGCAAGAGAUCGCAGCACUGGAUAAUAAGAUCCAUGAGACAAUUGAAUCAAUAAACCAGUUGAAGAUACAACGAGACUUCAUGCUGAGCUUCUGUAGAGACCCGAAGGGUUAUAUCCAGGACUGGCUCCUGUCCCAGAGUAGAGAUCUCAAGAUUAUGACGGAUGUUGUUGGGAAUCCGGAGCAGGAGCGAAGAGCCGACUUCUACCAGGAGCCGUGGUCCCAAGAAGCCGUGAGCCGCUAUUUUUACUGUAAGAUCCAGCAGAGAAGACAGGAGCUGGAGCAGUCUCUUGGUGUCCGCAACACAUAGAUGUUCUCCUUCUUCUGCAGUCAUGUCCGUGUUCCUGUCCUCAGCUGCUCCUUCUCCAUCCUCACAUGGUCCAUACACAGGACAAGAACCCCCAGCCUAGUAUUAGAUCCUCCAUGAACCUGUGCUGCUCAUACACCCCGCCCUCACCCUUCCCUCUAAGCAUUUGUCUAUGGUGCCAAGUAACUGAUUGUCAUUGUGGUCAAUGUCUGGACACAACCAAGGACCACACGUGGCAUGUAGACCAAGUCCUGGAUGAGGAUGAGGAGGUCCCGUUCACCACAUCAGUAUUAUCUGUUAUAUAAAGCCUCAUACACCAAAGACACUGACACCUGCGGAGCCGAGGAUCUGCUGGACAUUUCUGGAAGGAUAUUUUGGCUUUAAGGAGCCUCCUUGUAUGUGACAGCUGGAGCUCAGCCUCCUUGUAUGUGACAGCUGGAGCUCGGCCUCCGUGUAUGUGACAGCUGGAGCUCCGCCUCCUUGUAUGUGACAGCUGGAGCUCGGCCUCCAUGUAUGUGACAGCUGGAGCUCGGCCUCCAUGUAUGUGACAGCUGGAGCUCGGCCUCCUUGUAUGUGACAGCUGGAGCUCGGCCUCCGUGUAUGUGACAGCUGGAGCUCGGCCUCCUUGUAUGUGACAGCUGGAGCUCGGCCUCCUUGUAUGUGACAGC